AUGGAGCCUUUCAACCAAAGCAUGGUGACGCAUUUCAUUAUUAAAGGGAUUUCAGAAGUCUCCGAGCUUCAGCUUCCCAUCUUCUUCUUGGUUCUUCUCAUCUAUCUCAUCACUGUCGGUGGUAACCUGACCGUCCUGCUCCUCGUCUGUCUGGAUCGGCACCUGCGCACCCCCAUGUACUUCUUCCUGGGGCUCUUGUCGUUGGUGGACGUGUCUUCAGCCACGGUCACUCUUCACAAGACCCUUUUCACCUUUGUAUCGGGAAAUAAGACUAUUCCUUACGCAAGUUGCUUGAUACAGAUGUUUUGUUUUGGGUGCUUCCUUAGCGUUGAGCUGUUUAUCAUUACAGCUAUGAGUUACGACCGCUACGUGGCCGUCUGUUACCCAUUGCAGUAUGUAAUGAUCAUGAACCAUCGAGCUUGCGUUCUGUUGGCCAGCGGCUGCUUUAUUUUAAGCCUCUUUGGGAACGUGCCUCUAGUGGUCUUAAUUUCCCAGUUCUCCUGCUAUAGAUCCAACAUCAUUAAUCACUUCUUCUGCGACCUCCUGCCCAUUAUAACCAUUUCUUGCAGUGACACAUCUCUCCUAGAGACCGCGUUCCGUAUCGAAGGAAUAGUCCUCUUCACCCCUUUUUUGCUCACCUUCAUAUCUUACGUUUUCAUUAUUGCCGCCAUACUGAGGAUCCGCUCCAGUAUCGGGAGACGCAAAGCCUUCUACACGUGCUCCUCACACCUCACGCUAGUCAUUCUAUUCUAUGCGACCCUUACCUUCCAGUAUCUACGCCCCAUCUCAGAAGACACCUUAGAUUACAAUAAGCUUAUCUCUCUGUUUAACACGGCUGCUGUCCCCAUAUUAAACCCGCUGAUCUACACCGUGAAGAAUAAAGACGUGAAGUCGGCAUUCAGGCGAAAACUCUCUUAUUUCCAAAAUACUUUUAAGGGUUAAAAAUAUCUACAAUGUGUUUUUGG